AUGCAGCAGGGGCUCUGCCAAGCGAGAGCAGCAGCAGUAGCAGCUGCGGCACUUGCUGCUUUGCCCAGCAGAGACGAUGCUUGCUCUCCAAGCGAGGUGAGUCUUGCUUCUCAGCGGCUGAGGUUCAUUUGGGUGUUAUUGCCGGAAUUCUUGGAAAGACCGACUUCAGUGGCUGCUGCAGCUGGAGCAAGCCGUGCCAUGCAGUCUUUUCUGUCAGAGCAGAAGAAGCUGCGGGUAAGCCAUUUGAGCCUUCAUCCGAACUCCCUCAUGUUGGAAGGUGACCAUUCGAUGCAUUCCUUGAGGCCAGCCCUAACUGGCUGCUUGACGAAGGUAACACUCGACAGCUUGGUCAGCGUCCAAUUUCACAUGCCCCGCCUCCUUGAUGUUCUAGCUCUUUUGGAAGGAUUUGCUUGCAGCUCGUGCAGGUGCUUGCGCAAAGUCGUUGAUCGGCAGUCCCGAUGGCGUCCGAGAGAACUUCGUUUCGAACUCAUGGAGGAAGAUCAACGUCUCUAUGCUGCAACGGUCGCUGACUUGUUGGGUUCCUUGCCAGCUCUGCAGCACUUGGAAGGGCCAAUCUUUUCUGUCCUGCUGCGUGCUCGCAGGCAUGCUGCAGUUGCAGCUCGAGCAGAGGCUGCGACUUCUGCCUCAUCUGCCCUAGACAGGGGAGAGCCAAAAGCGCAAAGCAUGCCAGCAGCUUCUUCCACGAGGGCGCCCUGUUUGCCGAUAGUCGGCCGUCACAUCGGGAGCGGUCUGCGUGUCUUGCACUUGGUGGACCUCUGUGCUGCAGACCUCAGCGGACUGCUGCCCCAUGGAGCCAUCCCAGAAGGCUACUCACAACACAGCGCGUCGAAUCCAUCCUGCCCGAAUCUUCACAAACUUCUUCUGCUGAAUCUGCCAGCAGCAGCGCCAGGUCUCACUGUGCAGGUGGUCGAAAAAUUCCUGCCGCAUGCGCCCGACCUCAAAGAGCUGCAGUUGGACUUCCAGUACUUUGACCCAGGAUUCUGGGAUUUGGAGGCCCUCGAGGCCCUCGUUGCAAGAAUUCAGGUCACUUCCAAGAUCAGCAAGUUGGUGCUGGAUUGGUGUCGGCUUGGUGAUGCCGGAGUUCGAUGUGUCUGUGCAGCACUGGCCAAGCACACCAGCAACUUUUGCUUGGCCGGCAACCACAUCGGCGACGGCCUGUGCCGAGAGAAAUGCGUGGAGUCGAAGACAGGUGUGAAGGAGCUGUCCUUGGCUCACUGCGAACUGAAGGACCUGACGUCGGUUUGCGAGAUGCUGGAGACACCCGGACUGGCGCUCACAAGCUUGGACCUAUCAGCUAACGGCUUUGGCGACGAGGAAGGUUUGAAGCUUGCAAGAUCACUUCAACUGUCAUCCAUCAAAGAGCUCCGCCUUCGCGAUUCGCAAGUCUCUGAACGCAUGCCAGUCAAGACUAAAUGGUCCUGGAGCUCUUGA